CUCGAGAAAGAAGGACUUGGCGAAGACGUUGAGAUUCAGGGUCUUGGAGACCGGCAGGGAUGAACUGUUCAGACUGGAGACGUUCGUCGUAGUCCCAGAGGUGACUCCCGCGAGCGAAGGCGCCUACGAGAUCUGCUGGGAGGACCCCGAAGGACUCGCCUUCGCCCUGGCCGAAGGAGGCGUCGCUCGGCCGCUCGUCGCUCCCUCGGCCGGAUGCCACGAGUGCUGCCUCGCCGUCGCCCCGAAGAAUCCAGGUGACCUCGUGACCUUGGAAACAGCUGGUGCAAAAGACCUCCGACAGCUGGUGCAAAUUCGUCUGCCCGCUGACCUGGCUGGCGGCCAAAUGAAGCCGCGUGCAGUGCCAGUUCCUCUCACCAUCAAGGAGCUCCACAAGGUGCCCAGGGAAGACGACCCGAGCGGAAGACGACAAAACAUAAGGGUUGUCUUGGAUCCUCACGAAGCCAAAGAUGCAGACGACUUUCAGCUUUCUUUAACUCUGGCAUCAGGCGCGGGACAGGAAACUUAUUUCCUUUAUAAAAUCAUCGAUGAAGAUGCCACAGAGAUUGAGUUCGAAGGGAAUUUCAAAGAUUCGAUUCAGGUCUUUAUAAAGCUAUGAAAGGCGGGGAUAAUAUGGGAUUUGGCUCCGUGGCGCAGAAUUUGACAGACCCGGGUUCCAGGGUGGCGAAGGUGGGGGACGCCAGCGCCCCGUCCCUGAGGGUGGACCCAGGGGCGCGAGGCCAGGUGGAAGUCCCUGGGAAGCCUCCCUGCGUGAGAGGCUCUGGCCCUUGCUACUACGUCGGCCAGAGCGACCCCCCGCCCCCCCUCUGCGAGGACUUUCCCAAGAUCAGAUUCUGCGACGCCGUUGUGUCGGAAUUGCAGAACCCGGCCGAGGUCCCGGCCCUGGAGCUCCGCAACCGGCAGGAGCUGCGAGUGCAGCAGCCCCGGCCCGACGGAGCGUGGACUGAGGUCGUGGUCUCCAGCGACGACUCCAUCCUGCCUCCCGACGGCUUCGGCUGCGACGACCUAGGCGACGGGACGUGCGCGCACCCUGUGGCCGUCGCCGACGACCUGGACGGCUUCGACGUGACGCUCGUCGUGCUGGACGACGAAGGCUACGUCACGGCGUCGCUCGCCGUGCCCUUUGAAGUGCACGGCGUGGCCGCGCUCUCGCUCUCCAGGACGUCCUGCAGGUGGCGGUCGACCCUCGAUCGGGGGCGCGUACGAGAUCACACUGGCCGGCCCCUCGCCCCCUCCCGCGGCCGCUCAGGAGUGCCAGCUUGGGUCGCCAUGUCGUGUCUGGUUCGCUGGGGUGGACGCGCCCCCCGCGGUGAGCGUCAGGAAGGGAUCCAACGCCAUCUAUGAGUAUAUAUCCACAGACCCGCCUCCCCCGGCGUCCCGGGUCGAGCGCCUCACUUCACGUGGCGCCAAGAUGGACGUCGAGGUGGCGAGCGACAAACACGUGACCCGCGCCGACCUCGUGACCUUCAGUAGCGACGUCGCCACGGACGCCGACUGCGAAAGCCUCGAAGCGAGGUCCUCGG